AUGACGGGGACCGCGCGGGGACACUGCACAACAGGCCCGCCGAGGUGCUGGGUCAUACGACCGAAGCCCUGGACCUCCUCCUGUGGACGUAAGUUACAGGGGCCAUACGAAAGCUCGAUGGACAGCUCGAGGAUAGGAAAGAUGGAUGGAGGAGGAGGAGGAGGAGGAGGGAGGGGUGAGGUCUCCUCCUCCCUCAUGCUCCUUCAGGUGAGCAGCUGGGGCUGCGGCGUGUCUCCGCCUGCCGGACAGGGCGACCGCGCAAAGAUACUGCCGCAUCUAGAGACACGUCUGCCUCCGACGCCAUCCGAUGCUCCCCGCACCUGCGGCCUCCACGGGGAGUUCAGGGCGGCGUCGCUCCAGGACGCGCCCGCCGGCCGAGUCGAGCCGAUCCUCCCUCCCGUGCCAGCUGCAGGGUGA